AUGUUCUCACAGGCAUUUACUCUCCUGUGCUCUCUUGGAUACGUGUCGUUUGCCUUUGCUGACGGUUCCUCAACCGUUUACUUCCCUCAAGCGGCUACCACUUCCGUAUCUUCGCCUCAAACAACGCUUCCCUACCACAAGAAUGCUUCCUAUCCAUACCUCGGACAGGCUCCCGCCCAGGCGGUUUUCCCACGCUCACCGUCUCCGAGCGAACUCAAAUGCAUCGUGACACCUUUGGGCUGGGGUCAAGACGAUUCGUCUCAGAUUCUUGCGGCUGUCCAAAAAUGCGGUAUCAAUGGGACCAUUACACUUCCGGCUCCAUACGUCUACACGAUUUCAAAGCGGAUGUACAUGAAGCUCCAGAAUUCCCGCUUGGAAAUUUUUGGGACUCUCUCUUUCACUCCAGACUUGACUUACUGGAUUGACAACUCCUUCCGUGUUGAGUUUCAGAAUCAGUCUACGGGGUGGAUUGUUGAAGGCAACAACUUUGAAAUCGAUGGGGGAGGGUGGAUGCAGGGCGGUGUCAAUGGCAAUGGACAGGCAUGGAUGACCCACGCCGCCGGGCACAGCAACCAGUUUGGCCGCCCAAUUGUGAUUUCGAUUUUCAAUUCCUCCAAUGUGAUUGUGACCAACUUUGCCAUACGCCAGCCGAUGUUCUGGAGUUUUUGGAUCCAAGACUCCUACAACGUUGAGAUCAGCAAGGUGUAUAUCAAUGGUACCAAUACAGAUCCCUACGGCAAUUCUUCCAACUACGAAACGAACAUUGAUGGCCUCGAUUCAUUACGAGUUGACCACCUUCUGGUAAGAGAUUGGCAAUUCCAUGGGGGAGAUGAUUGUCUGGCCCCGAAAGGAAACACGACCAAUAUGGUGAUCAGAAAUAUGACCUGCGUUGGUGGCGGCAUUGCUUUCGGCUCAAUCGGGCAAUACGUUGACUCGCCAGACUUCAUUUUCAAUGUGACGGCCACCAAUAUCUCAGUCUCACAAGAUAUCAAACCACGCACCGGGGGGGCUGCAGUAGCCGGCGGGGCCUACUUCAAGUCUUGGGUCGGCAAAGAAGAGGGACAACCUCCACAAGGCGGUGGUGGCGGCACGGGGAAAGUUUCCAAUGUGACGUUUACAGGACUGACAACUCACAACACUAGCCAGGCUGUCUUCAUCAACAAAUGCUACUUCAAGGUGCCCGACCAGGCUCAUUACUGCGACACCAGUACUCUUGAAUUUGAGAACCUGUUGUUCUCUGAUGUCUCGGGAACCGUUAGCAGUAAGGUUGGAAUCGCAUUGAACUGUUCAGCAGCGGCGCCAUGUUCAAACAUCGACUUUAAGGAUGUCCACCUGACCGAUGCAGUCACCAAAGCGAAUGCCAACACGACCUGUGUCAACGCGAAGAAUGUUACAGGACUGACUUGUAACGCUACGUUGACUAAUUGA